AUGAUUUCAGACACCAACCGCAGAAUAAACACUCCAACCGAUGUAGCCCAUACCGAAACCGCUGCAGUCAUUCUGAAGACUGGCGCGGAAGAAGCGCUGCAUGUUGAGAGCACGGAUGAUGUGUCUCGCGAGCUGAAGACAACCGUGCACGGGAGGAUCGUUCUCAUUCCUCAACCAUCGGAUGACCCUAAUGACCCCUUGAACUGGUCAUGGGGCAAGAAACAUCGCGUACUUGCAGCGGUGAGCAUCGGGGCCCUGCUCGCAGACUGGGGCACGGCGUGGGGAACGACACUCUUUGAGGCCCAGGCCGUGACUUGGAAUAGUAGCGUUCCUUAUGCUGCCAAUUCCAUUGGCGGGGCUGUAUUCCUCACUGGAGUUUCUGGUCUACUUGUGGCGCCGCUCACACAGCGAUAUGGACGCUUUCAAGGACUCUUCGCCUCACCACCACAGAUUAUCGGUCUCAGCAUGAUCCACGAUAUGUUCUUCUUCCACGAGCGGACUCGCAAAAUCGGAAUAUGGGGCUUUUGUUUUGUGACGGGUCCAUUCCUGGGUCCCGUUGUUUCUUCACUUCUGAAUAAGCGAAUCUCCUAG